UUGGUGAUUGAUAGAUGCAUGGUAGUAUUAUUAUUUGCAAUUCGUUAAGCCGAUGAUUGGUGAUAGGCAGAUGCAUGGUUGUGAUAUUGAUAAGCAGAUGAUUGGCAACAAACACAAAUUAAAAGUCUGCUCAAAACCGUCCGUGUAUUGAUUAAGACCUGCUCGGAGCUGCAUGCAAAUAAUGAAUAUAGCAGGCGUCAUGUUCGUCGGGCGUAGUCCUGGCAUUGUUCAGUUGCUAACACUUGUAGUGUUGGUGUUGCUUGGACUGUUUUACUGGCCGUUCAAAUUAACAGGUUAUAACAUCGACUUCGAAAAAUACAGUCGCAUCACUGAGAAUGUCAACAGCCGCAGCUCCAAUUGCUCCAUCAACUCCAACUGCUCGACUGACGUCACAGUCGUCGCUCAAUUUAAGUCGCUGGUGCUGCGGUUGACGGGAAUCAACCGCACCAGCGUAGUUAUGCGCUUAGAAUCUACGCUGCACGGUGCGGCUGACCAACUGCCCCCGCUCCUGCAAAUACUCCAGGAGUUCGAGGCCAAGUACAAAUGUGAGGCCUGCGUGGACUCCCGCCCAUCGCCCAGGACGGUGUUGGAUUUUCGAGUGCGUCUGGAACACAAUGUUCACAAACUGGGACUAGCGAUGCCAGCAAUCGUGAUGAACCCAAAAGGACGACUGGGCAACCAAAUGGGCGAGUACGCCACAAUUUACGCAUUACGUAAAAUUUAUAACGCCACCGUAGUCCGCAAACCAGUACGAAGACACCUCGAAGAAGCCUUCAGCCAUUUGACCAUUCCGUCCUUGGAGCGAUUCAAAGAGGGUGACUGGGUUGCGGCGGGUUUUGACAGCCAUCGUUCUACCUUCAACAAUGUGCAACUGGCUGCUGCAGGGUUACUGGGACCACAUCCUUUCAUUACGCCCGGAACUCCAUUUGAAACCUGCAUCUUCGCUGCCUUCAGAGCUGAACUCAGGGAAGAAUUCAGAUUUGAUGACAACGUUACACAGCAGGCGGAGGCUCGCCUGAGGAGAGUGAGAGAAGCCACUGCGCAGGUCGAAGUAGAAGGGGCGGGGCUUUUAGUCACCGUCGGUAUCCACGUUCGUCUCACUGACUACCCACACCACAUGGAAUCUCUUUAUUCUGUGAGGAACAUCACGAAUUGCUAUGGAAGCUACAUGAAGAAUGCAAUCAAUUACUUCCUCCAACGUCACGUCAACGUCGCCUUCUUGGUCGCGUCAGACGACGUUAACUCUACACGCAGUCUCAUUGAUGAACUAAGAAUAAACAACGUCUUCUUUUCCGAAGGUACUCCACUGGUGGAUAUGUAUGCGUUGUCAAUGUGCGACCACCACAUCAUCACAUUGGGUACCUACGGCUUCUGGACAGCCUUCCUUGGCAGUGGCACAACCAUCUUCCCUGUAAUCGACUCGACAACUGGAUACCGUUACAGCAAAACUUUAUAUGACUCCGCCGGUCUCGGCCCGCCUGACUUCGUCCCAAUACCCAUGGUCCAGUAAAGACCCAUAUCAACACAUUAAUCAGUGGUAGAGUGUUCGCUUCGCAUGCGAAAAGCCCCGGGUUCGAUCCCCGGCACCUCCAGUUCGUUUUUAAGUGCGGUACGACCCACCGUUAUGAAAAACGCCCUAAAUACAUUUUUCAACGUGUUAAUGGUAUUUGAAUGAUUGAAGUGAUACUUUGGUGGAGAUUGAUAUUUGGUGAAGUGAUACUUUGGCUUGAUUACUGCGUAUCGUCCUUUUAUGCAGUAAAAAGUAUUCGUUAGAGUCUAUGUCUGAAUGUCUAUUGAGAUGAAUACCGGGAUUUUCAUUGAAUGUAUAGUCCCCGAUUCUAAUUUAUAAAUGCUCUAAGUUAACUAUGAAUGCAGUCGACCAAAUUUUGGGCAUCUACUCAAAAAAUGGAUUUCUUAUAUUGAUAAUUUAAUUAUUAACAUUACAAGAAAGUU